AGUUGGCCAUGAUGAUCCACCAGAGCUCCUGCCAGUGCGGGAGCGAAUGAACCAAUCAAGGCGGUGAUGUCAGCUACGGCUGUGAGGUGGGCAGUAGGCAGCCAUGACCUCGCGUUUGACUGAACGUUGAUGAACCGCUAACGCUGGACGAGGAUCUCGUCUGCCAACACCCAGCACCAAGACUACCAUCAAUCACCUAGAGCCCAUCACCGGCUCUUCCGUUGUCGACUUGCAACCUCCGCGAGUCUUCGUCUUUUGUGAAGCCUCAAUCUACGCCGACACCGCCAACGUCACUCGAUUCCUGCCCGCAUAUCCCACAUCUUCGAAUACCGACCAUGGAUCACCGACCACAGGCUUGGGGCCGUCCUCGCGACGAUGUCUACGGCGCUUACGAUCACUCGUUCAUGAACACCAACAGCCACCCCAACCAGCACACCCAACAGCCUCUCGUGACGGGUACCUCAGUCCUCGCCGUCAAGUACAAGGACGGCGUCGUCAUCGCCGCCGAUAACCUGGGUUCCUACGGGUCCUUUGCUCGCUUCACCGACGUCAAGCGUCUGCACACCUUCCAGGACACCUCCGUCGUCGGCUUCUCUGGCGACAUCUCCGACAUGCAGUACAUCACCCGUCACCUGCACCAAAAAUCCAUCGAGGAGUCGUACGCGUCGUCCAGCGCCAACAAGAAGUCCCGCCUGUCCGCGGCCAACCUCCACACGUAUCUCUCCAAGAUGCUCUACCGCCGUCGCUCCAAGAUGGACCCGUUGUGGAAUCACAUGCUCGUGGUAGGCUUCGACGACGACGAGAAGCCGUUUGUCGGCAGCGCGGACUUGCUGGGCACUACGUUCACUGCGCCCACGCUCGCGACCGGCAUCGGUAGCAUGCUGGCGCAGCCCCUGCUCCGCACCUACGCGGGCACCGACGAGGAAGCCGCCGAGCGCACAAAAGAGGAGGCCAUCAAGGUCAUCCAGGAGUGCAUGAAGGUUCUCUUCUACCGUGACGCCCGCAGCCAGGAGACAUACUCGCUAGCGGUUGUGUCUCGCGAGGGCGUGGAGAUGAAGACAAGCGAGAAGCUCGAGAACAUGAGCUGGGCCUUUGCCGACCGCAUCAAGGGAUACGGAACGCAAACCGUCUGAGUUUAGUUUUCAACUUAGGCUAUAAUGAAUGCACUAGACAUGAGCAUGGUCACAGAUUUGUCUGAGCCAGCGUGACAUUGCUCCCGGGGACGAGAUUGAUGCUCCAGACUAACAUUUAUUAAGUUCUAUACACGAUCGGCAACGAUACAUGGAGUGCUGACAGACUGCCAUAGCUUCGUGAUUCC